GUGCGUGCAAAUGUGUUUGACUGUUCAUGCUUUGCUGCUUCAAAGUGCAAGUGUGCGGUACAGGUGAGCGUGGGCUACAGGCAGUAGACAUCGACCAUGAGCCAUUCCACCUGUCAGCGUCUUCUCUCCCCGGCCCUCUUCUUCUUCCUUCUGCUGUGGGCGGCCAUUUUGUGUCGGCCGUGUGAGGGAGGCAGAGUGCUGGUGGUGCCCAUGGAAGGAAGCCACUGGGUCAACAUGAACCUGCUCAUCCGGGCACUGCACUCAAGAGGUCACUCGGUGACGGUGCUUCGCUCCAGCAGGAGUUGGUACGUGAAGGAGGCGUCCCCACACUACAGCUCUGUCACGGUGGCCGUGAGCGAGGGCCUGGACGAGGACUUUGCUCACCCCAUCAUCCAACGCCUCAUCCAGGCCCAGCGCACCAACAGCUCCCUACUCAACUUCAUGGGGCUCCAUGCUGAGGUCUUCAGGGCCAUGGAGAAGGCCCAUCAGAUCACCUGUGAAAUGGCCACCAACCUGUUCGAGGACAAGGACUUGGUGAAGAGACUAAACGACAGCCGGUUCGAUCUGAUCUUGACCGACCCUUGCAUCGGCACCGGGAUAAUCCUGGCCCAACACCUUCGUCUGCCGCUGGUGUACAACGUGAGGUGGGUGACGAGUGGUGAGGGCCACCUGGCCAUGGCUCCCUCGCCGCUCUCCUACGUGCCCAUGACGGGGAUGGGCUUCUCCCACCGCAUGACCUUCACGGAGCGCACCAAGAACAUGCUCUUCUACCUGCUCAACGACCUUCACCACCGCCUCAGGCUGUUGCCCCAGUACCAGGCCGUCUGCGAUCGCUACCUAGAGCCAAAGGUUGACUUCUACGAGCUGCUACAGGGUGCUGACCUCUGGCUGAUGAGGGUGGACUUUGUGUUUGAGUUUCCUCGUCCGACGAUGCCGAACGUGGUCUACAUGGGCGGCUUCCACUGCCAGCCCGCCGCGCCCCUUCCCGCCGCCCUCCAGCGCUUCGUCCAGAGCGCGGGGGACCACGGCGUCAUCGUCAUGUCCCUCGGAACCUUCGUCAAAGAGCUCCCGGCGGACAUGACGGACGCCAUCGCCGCCGCUUUCGCCCAGCUGCCGCAGAAGGUCGUGUGGAAGCACGCGGCGGGCCGCAAGCAGCCGCCCUCGUCGCUAGGCAACAACACCCUUCUGGUCGACUGGAUGCCGCAGAACGACCUUCUGGGCCACCCGAAGGUCGUGCUUUUCGUGACGCACGGCGGGACCAAUGGGAUCCAAGAGGCCAUUUACCAUGGAGUUCCGGUGGUAGGACUCCCUCUCUACUCCGACCAGUACGAUAACCUGGUGCGGAUUCGGGAGCGCGGCGCGGGAAUCAUCCUGCCCAUCAACCUGGUGGAUAGCAGCAGCUUCCUCCACGCUUUGCGUGAGGUGCUGGACAAGCCACGUUACCGCGACAACAUGAGGAGGCUAUCCAGGCUACAUCGAGACCAGCCCACCAAGCCCCUGGACAGCGCCCUCUUCUGGAUCGAACACGUCAUGAGACACAAGGGGGCCGCCCACUUGCGGACAGAGUCCUACAGGUUACCAUGGUACUCGUACCGCUCGGUUGACAUGGUGAUGGCUCUGCUGAGUGCUGUGUUCGCGAUGGUGUUGGUUGCUAUAGCGUUGGUGGUUGCUGUGGUUGCUAUGGUGAGACGCUUGCGUCUGACACUCCGCUGCAGAGGUGUAAAGUCGAAAAGCGACUGACGGUCAAACUUUCCAUGGACUCACCCUAACAGUUGAUGUUAGACGGUUAAAAUGUGUCUAAUAAACAAAGAUAAACAAGGACAACUAUAGCAAACAUUAAAAUGAUUGUCGUCGAUCUUGAAAAUUGGUGUGACCCUUUCCUUUGUGUAGUGGUUUGACAGAGAUAUCAGACAUUAACACUGUGUAGACUAAGAAAAAAAGUGUGAAUUAAGGUUACACUUUCAUUGACCUGUCCUGUCUGCAUAACAAAGACAUGGGCAAGGCGUCAAACAUACCAAAGCCGAACGGAACGGACGCGAGACGAAUGUGGUCUUUCUCCUUAGUUUCGGCCGAUGUGUUCUACUCUGCCUUUCACACUGACAGCGUCAACGUGUUCAUUACCAUAGUACUACUCUACUAUGACAUUACACACGGCCUUUAGUAAUGCACUACGACUUGGUCAUUUAAAGGUUCAUUUCCAUACUACUACUCUACUAUGACAUAACACACAGCCUUUAGUAAUGUACUACGACUUGGUCAUUCUGGUAACAGCAAA